AUGGGCGCCGACCAAGAAGGCCACGUCCCGGGCGACGUCAAGGAGACGGGCUACAAGGACAGCCACGACUACAUCCAGUUCAAGGAGCACGCCAUCGACGGCCAACUGAACCGCUGGUCGCAUACCAUCACGAGAGAACAUGACUUUCCCGGCGCGCAGGCCAUGCUGUAUGGGGCCGGCGUGCCGAACAAGGAGAUGAUGAAGAAGGCGCCGCAUGUCGGCAUUGCGACGGUGUGGUGGGAGGGCAACCCUUGCAAGUACGUGAAUCUUCUUUCCUCUUGGACGAUCCUCGACUUCGGCAAGAUCGUCAAGAAGGCCGUUGAGAAGCAAGGCAUGCUCGGGUGGCAGUUCAACACCGUCGGCGUGUCGGACGCCAUCACCAUGGGAGGAGAAGGCAUGCGCUUCUCCCUCCAGACUCGCGAGAUCAUCGCCGACAGCAUCGAGUCGGUGACGUGCGCGCAGCACCACGACGCCAACAUCUCGAUCCCCGGGUGCGACAAGAACAUGCCGGGCACCAUCAUGGCGGCCGCGCGCCACAACCGGCCCUUCAUCAUGAUCUACGGCGGCACCAUCAUGAAGGGCCACUCGGACCUGCUCGAGAAGCCCAUCAACAUCAGCACGUGCUACGAGGCCCGCGGCGCCUUCACCUACGACCGCCUCCAUGCCAAGAGUAACCCGGGUGCCGAGGGCCGCACCCCGUCCGACGUCCUCGACGACAUCGAGCAGCACGCCUGCCCCGGCGCCGGCGCCUGCGGUGGCAUGUACACGGCCAACACUAUGGCCACCGCCAUCGAGGCCAUGGGCCUUUCCCUGCCGGGCUCCUCGUCAUACCCGGCCCUGUCGCCCGAGAAGGCCCGCGAAUGCGAGCGCGCCGCCGAGGCCAUCAAGAUCGUCAUGGAGAAGGGCCUGCGCCCGCGCGACCUCAUGACCCGCGCCGCCUUCGAGAACGCCCUCGUUCUGACAAUGAUCCUCGGCGGCUCCACCAACGGCGUCCUGCACUUCCUCGCCAUGGCCAACACCGCCGACGUGCCCCUGACCAUCGACGACGUCGACCGCACCAGUAACCGCAUCCCCUUCCUUGCCGACCUCGCGCCCUCAGGCAAGUACUACAUGGAGGAUCUCUACCGCGUCGGCGGCACCCCCUCCGUCCUCAAGAUGCUCGUCGCCGCGGGCCUCAUCGACGGCUCCGUCAUGACCGUCACGGGCCGUACCCUCGCCGAGAACGUCGCCGACUGGCCGUCCCUCGACCCGAACCAGAAGAUCAUCCGCCCGCUCUCCAACCCCAUCAAGGAGACGGGCCACAUCCGCAUCCUCCGCGGGAACCUCGCCCCCGAGGGUGCCGUCGCCAAGAUCACGGGUAAGGAGGGCCUCUCCUUCACCGGCACGGCCCGCGUUUUCGAUAAGGAGCACGAGCUCGACGUCGCCCUGUCGGCGGGCUCCAUCCGCCGCGAGGACGGCAACCUCGUGCUGAUUGUGCGCUACGAGGGCCCCAAGGGCGGGCCCGGCAUGCCGGAGCAGCUGCGCGCCAGCGCCGCCAUCAUGGGCGCCGGCCUCGACAACGUGGCGCUCGUCACGGACGGCCGGUACAGCGGCGCCUCACACGGCUUUAUCGUCGGUCACGUGUGUCCCGAGGCUGCCGUCGGUGGGCCGCUCGCCCUCGUGCGCGACGGCGACACCGUCACGAUCAACGCCGAGACGAAUCGCAUCGACGCCGUCGACGUCGACGAGGCCGAGUUCGAGAGGCGGAGGAGGGACUGGAAGGCGCCGUUACCGCACGUGAGGAGGGGCGUGCUGGGCAAGUACGCGCGCUUGGUCGGCGAUGCGAGCCACGGUGCCGUGACGGAUCAGUCGGAUCCUUCAUGGUGA